AUGGUAUUAAACGAUGAUCUCGUCAAUCAUGGCAUGACUAUUCAUCAUGGUAAACAUUUUGACUUCUGUCUAAUCGAUUUUCCUCUUGUCCAUUCAAAUGCACCGUUGGCUGUUCGAUCUAAGUGCAGGGACUUUCGUGAUAAUCUCAUUCGAACAUUUUCUGACGAUGCACCGAAUUGUGAGAAUACACGACGUCCAUGCUACAAAUGGACCAUUGAAUUCAUAUGGAGUACAAUUAUCGAUGAUGUUAUUGUUUUUAAUGAAAGUUUCAAAGCCGUAUCAGAAGGACAUACUCUCAUGUUCGUGUGCUUCGACAAUAAUAUUUUGCCAAAUCAACAAGAUUUUUUAAUUAACCAAUAUACCAAUAGCGUCUUUUUUGAGUCGCAUAAUACUAAUUCGAAUAGUAAUUGUGACACAAUCUUCAACUAUCUGCGUGAAAACCAACAUAACGAGAUCGUGCGACCGAAACGGAGGACACCAGAUUAUUCUUAUCCACUGCGUCUUCAUGCUAAUAGCAUUAGCAGUGGACUUGUUUUUAACUAUUUCUAUUCCUAUCUCAAUCGACAAGUUGGCUCAACAAAUAAUAUCUUUCUCACAUUCAUUUUCAACAGAAAUAUAAGUCGCGAAGCAUUUCCCUCAAGAGUUAAUACAAUGAAGAAAACCACCAAAGAUUGCUACGACACAUAUGAAGAAUAUUUUAAGAGUGUUAAACUUGAGGAAGACAAGAAAAAUGCUGAAAUUCGACUAGUGCCAGUCUACUAUUUACUUGCACCUACAUCGUGUAACUUUGGUCCGCCAGAUACUGGCACUUCGAUUGUACACAAUGAGACGACCCUUCGAGGAACAAUCAUUGAUCCAGAUAAUCCGAAGAGCAUACAUUUGGCCACUAUAAAUGGAGAAGUGCUUCGAUCUAGACCGAUGCAUCACUACAAUCGCUAUCUUCGUCGUACAUUUUACUAUAUCGAUGAAAUCGACAAAAACAAUAAGCUUGUUCGAUAUCUAUUUUGUGGAGAAUAUCCUUAUAUUUUGUCUAUUCUUGGCCAAUUGGAACAAAGUGGUCAAAUAAGUAGGGUACAAAAGAGAGAUGAAUAUUUGCGCUUCUGCAAUAUGCUCAAUCGAAUUCUUGCUAUUGAAAAUUUAACGGAAUCAAUCAAAUUGAUCCAAAUUGAUGACGAAGAGAGGAAAGAGACUACCCAGGUUGAUCAAGAUGAUAAAUACAACCAAGCUGAUUAUGCAGAUGCUAAAUCAUUAUCGAGUUUGAUCAAAGAAGAUAUCGAUCAAUGGUAUGACAGCUCUGAUAUGUACGUGGCUGAACUUUCUAUUACUUCAAUGAUCCUUCAAUCUCAAAAAAAUAAUCAUGUAGUGUUCUUCUUUUUCAAGAAAACGAAUAAUGAGCAAUUGAUUAUAGCACUGAUCAAAGAUCUCAAAGAAAAAUUGGAAGCUCAUGGUUAUGUCGUCGAUGAUGUUAUUGACGAUCUCAAUUCAAUCGAAGAAUUAGAACAGAUCAUCUUUAUUUGUACCGGCCACAUGAAUGAUCAUGAUAAUUAUCAAAUGAUGCAAGCCGUAGGACGCAAGAUCACUAAACGUGGUGUACUACGUGAUGUCUUUAUUUUCAUCAACGAUGCUAUUCAACAUUUUUCGUGUCAUCUUAUUAAAUCUGUUCCAUAUCUCACCUUUGAUUUGCGCGUACGUACGGCUCAAUUAACCGAUGAUGAAGUUCGAGAAGUGAUUGAUUAUCUUAAUAAUAUGAAUAUUCUGUCGGAGACUUACACGAAUAUGUUCGACGAUGCUUAUCAUUCUGUUCAACAGACAGCUAUCCAAUGUACAAGUGUUGGUGCAGGUUGUGCUGCUGCCUUUUAUUUUAAUUAUGCCAAAAUUCUGACAUCUUCGCCUGCUCAUCAACAGCGAAUAAAAUUAAUUCAUCAACAGCUGCUCAUAGAGAAUCUUCUCGAUUCUGAACAAAACAAAGCAAUUUUCAUCAGUAAAUGGGUGUUUGUCAUUCCAUGGACCAUCGAAAAUUCUUCUCAACUUCUCUCUUACGGUCUAUCAUUGAAUGAAAGCGAGCAAAAAUCAAUGGGGUUUAGCUUAACUUGCUGGAAGUCGGCAAAUACAAAUUUCAUCAGUCCAAACUUAUCAAUGACCAUUGGUGGUGUCUUUCAACGAUCAUACAGUCCUCUAGUUAUCUACAAACUCACGAAUCUAACUCAUGAAAAGAUUAUCUAUUUUCCAAUGGAGAUACCGGCGGCUUUGCAUGGUUUACAAAAUCAAUAUCAGAAUAUCCUUUCUCAUUUCAAUUUUGGGACAUUCGAUCCAUUGGAGCAAGCUAUGACUUUUCGUAGAAAAGUUGAAGAACACAAAGCAAGCGAACCAGAUGCCAAAUGGCACGAGGACAUUAUCUUAGUUCCUCUGGAUCGACCUUCAAUAAUUCCUGAAAACCAGUCAAUCACGUCAUUUCAACAAGCUGAAAUUCUACUGAAGACAUUAUGGGAGCAUUUGUCUUCGGCUUCAUCAAACUAA